AUGCAUGGGCUAUUCGGAAAUGCCAAAACUUCAAGAUUUUUAGCCUAGAAUAAAUAAAGUAUGGCAACAGAUCUGAAGUCAUACUUGGAUUAUCAUUAGAUUGGACGAGCUGUUUUAGUUGGGUAGAGCAUGGGAGGAAAAGUUGCAAUGACUUUUGCCAGUCUUUUUUAGGAUCAAGUUGAGGGUAUAAUAAGUAUAGACUCUCCCCCUAUCGAUAGAAAUUAAUAUCCUGAAAUGAAUCAUGCAACAAAUAAUCUUAUUAAAAGAGCACUUUAAUUGAAUUUCAGUAGCAUGAGCUAUAAGUAAGCUGUAGAGUAUAUAAAUAAAGAACUGUUCGAUGAAAGAGCUUUUGCAUCUUCCUUAGCUAUGUGUCUUGAUAGAGACUCUUAGGAAUAAGCUAAACUUAAAUUAAACCUCAAGGCAUUUGAUAAAAAUAAGUCUAAUCUUUAUGGGUAUGAAGCCUAUGGUUAAUUUCGAGGUCCCUGCUUGAUGAUUAAUGGAAGAUAGUCAUUUUAAUAUGAGAUUGAGAAUGAUGUUAAAUUUUAUCAGCAUGUGUUCCCUGAAAUUAAAUAAUAAGACAUAAUAAUCUUGGAAAAUGCUGGCCACUGGGUCCAUGCAGAAAGAAAAGAUGAAGUUAUCAAACUUAUCUCGGAUUUCAUUGAAAGUCUAGAUAAUUCAAAUUUAAGUAAUUGA